ACGCGGCACUUCAUCCGCGUGCUCGUGGCUGUCUGUCACUCUGCGCGCGAGCGGGAGGGCUUAUGCAUGAUGCCACAGAAAGACGAGGAAAGUGCCGUUUCUUAGUGAGCGAUACUUCUUAAAUGAUCUGAUUACAGAUUGAUCAUUUUUGGCAGAUCACACAGCAUUUUGAAGAAACUGUCACAAUUCGGUGACAAAGUUCUGUUUCUGGAUUGCCUAUUCUCUUCAAGAAACAUCCAUACGGACACCAUCGUAAAUACCUCUGCCACCGAACAGACAUCGCGUCUAUCUGGCAUCUCCGCUUCGGGACACACCACCGGGAGAGAGCGCCGAGCUCUGAAGAGCGACCGUCCGACUUCCUUAAAGCGUUUGGAAGCAUGAUUCCCCCAGCGGAUGCGAUCCAAGAUGACAGCACGGGCAAGGAGCAGGAACGGGAGAAGCUCCCGCAGUCGCCCACCUCAAGCAUAAACCAGCAGGAAUCAAAGUUGCAGCGUUUCAAGCGCUCCCUCUCCUUCAAGACCAAGAGCCUCCGCAGCAAGAGUGCAGAUAACUUCUUCCAGCGGGCCAGCGGGGACAUCCGACUGCAGGUGGAGCCCCUGCCUGUCUCCGUGUGCUCGCCGGGCCGGGCGCCCCUGCAGGCGGCCGCUGCCACCUCACACAGCUUCCUGGAGCAUAUCUUCAAGAAGCCCAUCUUCUGCGACGUCUGCAACCACAUGAUCGUAGGCAGCACUACAGGCAGCACCGCCAAGCACGGCCUGCGCUGCAAAGCCUGCAAGAUGAGCAUCCACCACAAAUGCACUGAUGGUGCCGGCCAGCAGCGCUGCAUGGGCAAGCUGCCCAAAGGAUUUCGCCGCUACAGCAGUUCGCCGCUGCUGAUCCAGGAGCAGUUUGGCUGCAUUAAAGAAGUUAUGCCCAUUGCAUGCGGCAGCAAAGUGGAUCCGGUGUAUGAGGCCCUGCGUUUCGGAACCUCGCUGGCCCAGAAGACCAAGCGGACCAGCACGGGCUCAGAGUCGCCCCACCGGAAUUCAACCAGCGACUUGGCAGGAGUUCCAGAGGAGGCGGUGGGGCGUGCAAGCAGAGUGGAUCUUGGCAGGAAGCACAGCGACAACGUAUUCGUGCCCCUCCAGAAUGGAACGGAUCACUUUGCCACCGGAGAUCAGAAAGCCGAUGAGUCGCCGGUGAAGAGGACCCUGCGGAGGGAGGAGCGCCACCUGCUGGACACCUAUGUGGCCUUGUACAGGUUCAUCCCCCAGCAGAGCCAGGACCUGGACAUUCGGCCUGGCGACCGCAUCCUGCUCAUGGACAAUUCCAGCGAGGACUGGUGGAAGGGCGUAAUGGACAACCGGAUCGGCUACUUCCCUGCCUCCUUCGCCCAGCAGUUGCAGCAUGGCGACAGAGUGUUCCGCUGCUAUAAGACCUUCAUCGGCUGUAAGGAGCAGGGCCAGAUCACGCUGAAGGAGGGCCAGGUCUGUGUGAGCGGUGAGAAUGAAAGCAACGGCUUCCUGCGGGUGACAAGCGGGAAGAAGACGGGCUUUGUGCCCUGCGAUGUUCUCGAAUCCAUCUGAGGAAGAGGGAUGAGGAACGCAAGAGGGGUGAGAUGGAGACAGAGACAGAGAGAGAGCAGCAAUGUCGCACACGUAUCCAUCCCCUACAGUGAGCACGCUCUGCCGAGGUCCGUCCACCGCAAGGACCCGCUUCCUGAUUGGACAAAUAAAGCUGGAGCAUAGAUGGGCUCCAAAGGAGACACGGAGCAGCACCAUGCUGGGGUGAUGCUCCUCACCUGACACGUAAAAGAAGCAGAGUUGUGAAGGUGGAGGCUGUGCGUCCUGGGUGGAUGCUGCCAUCUUCUUCCUGUUUUGUUUUGUUUUCCUCCUCUCGUUUUUAAGAGGAGGGCAUGGAUCAUCGCGCAUUCCAGCAGAUUCUGUGUGACUGGCGAUCGCCGGGACUCUGGCGGGACGAUGCAGAUCCGUGGGCCGCUGGGGUGGCAGGGCGGAGGAGCAGGAUGCUGCAUCUUGGCUGUUUACACAGUUUUUCCAAUAUCUUUAUACGUUUAUACAUCAGAUCAGGCUUUGCUCUGUCCUCGGUUAACAUUUGGUGCUGACACCAACUCGGGGACAGGGGGACACAUUUGCAUUGCACUGUGUGUCACGCCUCAGUGACGCUGAUUUCUGUUAGAGGCUCCCAGGGUUUGUCGAGUCACGGCAGGGGGUGGCUGCAUCCAAAGGGCAUCAUUUCCAAGAGCAAAUGAGUUACUGGUCCCCUCAGCAUCAUCAGGGUCCAGGGGAUUAAAUCCCUUUGAAGUACAGAGUCAGUCCACUUUUCUUUUAAUUUAACUGACAUAUUAAAUUAUUCAAUUUGUACAGACGCUCCUCUACUUACGAAUGAGAUAUGUUCCGAAUGGCCGUUCGUAACUUGAAGUUCGUAAGUCGUUAUUCAACAUCAUUUUAAGGGUAUACGCAAGUACAAAGAACUAGGAUAUUUGGAGUACGCACGCUACGCUGCUGCGCGGUGGGAGUAGCGGCCAGACGUCAGCAAAGAAAGUUAUAUUGCGGACAGGAAAUGGGAGCCCAAUGAACACAAUUUGGACCUCUUCGUUCGUAUGUCUGAAAGUUCGUAAGUUGAAAGUUUGUAAGUAGAGGAGCAUCUAUAUUUACAUUUGCUAUUUAUUUAGCAGACAGUUUUAUUUAAAGCAAUAUAAAACUGAGAAGGCGGGGUCACACUGGGGGCGGGGUCACAC